UAUGGUGUGUUACAAGAUUCUUAUUAAAUUCAGUGUGUCACUAAUCCAAAAAGGUUAGGAAACACUGUUCUAUUUUUGUACAUUUUUGUGCAAUCCACAUUCUCUAUAAAUUUAUCAUUCCUUAACUUUGGCAUCAAAUUUGAUGCCAAAGGUAAUUAAUCAACAUACACUUUUGUUUUUGUUUUUUAUAAUCUCUUUGUCUGUCUGUCUGUCUGUCUCUCUCUUUCUUGUUUAUUUAUUAAAUUAGAACAAAGUGUUUUUACUCAUUUUCAUUAAGUACUUGAUGGUCAUAUGGCAAGAGAUAUAUUGAUAGAAGAGCAGAAAAGACAAGUAAGUGUAAGAAUAAAAAACUAAAAUGUAACAAUACAAAAGUAUUUGUAUAUUUUAACAGUAUAUCCAUAUGCAAGCUACAGCAGAUUUUGUUUAAAAAAAUCUAUUUUUUUAAAUUUAUUAAUGAGUAUUUAACUGUUGUCACAAUUUGUAAAUAAUUUUCAUUAUGAGAUAUUGUGUAAGAACUUUUAUUUAUAAAAUUUUCUUAUCUAUUAAAGAGAGGACCAAUGGUGGAAGGAAUACCUCCAAAGGAAGCACGGGAUAGAGUUUUACUGUUUAAGAGUGAAUUUGAUGAUCUCUGGAAUAAAUUUGAGACAUACAGUGGAGGAGAAGAAUUAUUUGGCUUACCAAUAACAAAAUAUCCAGAAUUACAUAGAAUUAAAAAAGAAUUAUCUCUUCUUCAACUGUUAUAUGGUCUUUAUACUGAAGUUAUGGAAGGUAUUGAUGGUUAUAGCAAUAUUUUAUGGAGUGAAUUUGAUAUUGAUAAAAUUAAUGAACAAUUGCAAGAUUUCCAAUUGAGGUAAAUCAAAAAUUUUAAUAUUUUGAAUUUUUGAAUGAUAUGUAAAUUGAAGAUAACAGAGUGCCAU